GAGAGGGAAGGCACUCCUUGCUUAUGGCUAUGGGGUAAGAAGUUCUAUUACACUAGUUGCGGACCGGAUGCCCCACCAACGGAACCAGUCAUACAUCAUAUGUACAAAGACGCGUGCUCCGUGUCACCAACUCGGCAAUGUCUAAACUUUAACAAAACAAAGUUUCUAAGCUUAAUACUCUUCAGUUUUUCUCCUUCUUGAAUUGAAUCCAGCACACUUACAACCCCAAACCCCAAAGAUCACUAUCAACUUUCCAAUAUGGCGCGACUAGCCCAGGCGCCCAUCACCCAGAAGCGAACCAUAUCCAACCCAGACUCCCUGCCAGACCUUAACCGUCUCCUCGACCGCUUACAAGAGAACAUUCUCCAUGCCGAUGCUGAGAGAGAGCGACGACUGAGAAUAAGCGAGUAUGAGCGCGCUAAAGCUAGGGUCAACAUCGACUACGCCCGAUCGCUCCUGACAAAGCUAGAGCAUGACGCGCUUACGAUCAAAAUACACACGCGACGGCAGGAGGUGCAGAACGAUCUAAAUGGCAAGCGGGAGGUCCUCGAGCAAAUCACCGAGAGGUUCCGCGAGCUCGAGGAGAUCAGCGUGGAUAGUGACGAUGACAGUUCCGAAGGCGAGGAUUUGCUAGGCGAUAUCAUUAAUACCCCAAGUGAGAGUAUUGAGUCGACUUCAGCGGCGGGCCAGCAGGGAGAUGAUGAUGACGAUAUCGAAGAUAUAGAGGAGCAGCAAAAUGAGGAGGCGGAGAUAGAGACGGAAGAGUCGCCAUCUCUUACUCCAGAGUCGCAAAUUCCAGACCAUCGUCAGCAGUCAUCCAGUGCAACGCAAUCACAUCAGGCGACAACAACAGCCUCAUCAGCACCAGAACCAACACCGUCAGGGUCAGGAACCAGCACAUCGCAGACCCUACGCCCCCGCGGCGCCGCUUCGCAACAGCCCCUCCCGCCAGACACGGCCGAGACCAGCGCGCUGCGCACCCAACUCUUCGGCACCCGCCCCGACCCAAGCACCAGCACAACCUCCACUACGGAAGCAAUCAUGGACCUCCACCGCGCCGAGCAAGACAAGCUCACCGAGUCGAUGGUGGGCAUGGCGCGCGCGCUCAAGGAGUCGUCGCACCGGUUCGCGUCGUCGCUGCGCGAGGACCAAGACGUGGUGCGCGCGGCCGGGACCAAUCUCGAGCGCAACGAGCGCGGGCUGGGCGCGGUCGCGGGACGCAUGGGCGCGCUGAGACGGUUGACGGAGGGGAAGGGCUGGUGGGGACGCAUGCUGCUGUAUCUCUGGAUAGCGGGCUUGGCUAUUUUUGCGGUGGUGCUUGUUUUUGUGUUUCCUAAGUUGCGGUUUUAGGGGGGGGAGAAGGUGGUUGAGAGAGAGAAAGAAAGAAAGGAAAGGAAAAGAAAAAAGGGGGGUGAAGGGAAAAGGGGAGUAAGGAAAGGGUACCCUGGUAGCGUUGACUUGAUAGGACAAGUUUAUGAUAUUACGAUGUUUUGGCGAUGAUGCAUUUACAUAGGUAGGUAGCUGGGCGAGCUGGUCUACUUGGCAAGUAAGGCGUUUGCGUUUACGCUGUGUUGCGAUAUGGUAUGGUAUGGUAUGGUAUGGUAUGUUGAUGCGGUUAUGUUAGCUUAGACAGGUACUCGACUUUUAACUGUAAGAGUUCAUUGCC